AGUCCCGGGGCAGCGGGAGGCGAUCGCAGCCCCCCGGGGGGCGGGCCGGAGACACCUGGAGCGGCCAGGUGAGUCCCCGCUCAGCCAAUCCCAGCCUCCCGAGGCGUCCGAACCAGCCAAUGGGGGACCGGGGCCCGCGGGCGGCCCGUACAGACCCCGAGGCUAACGCCGGAGCGGCGGGAGCGAUGCCUGCGGCAGAGAAGCGCAAACUCUCGGCGAGGGAGGAUGUCUCGAGCGACGCGGUGGCUCCUCAGGACGCCGAGCUGUCUGCGCAGCUGCGCCGGUCUCUCUUCUACGCCACGGUGGAUAAAUUCAGGAAGGAAUGCGUGGAGAAAAGGCCUAUCCUACACUGCCACGUGCUGAUCUGCAACACCCUCCAUCGAAUCCGGGAAGAGAUGUGCCUGGAACAGAGCCUCCUCCCUGGCCUGAAUCCCCCGGCCGCUACGCAUCCACCUUCUGGCCAGCCGGAAGUUACGGCCCCGUCUCUGGCCUGGGAGGUGACAUCCCGGUUCAAGGCAGCGAGCCAGCCUCCGAAAGGCCCGGGUGACGCGGAGACAGCAGGGUUCGCCUUUUCUGCAGCCUCUGCCGUCCCCGCCAUCCUGGAGGAGCUGGAGCUGGCCCGGGAUCCCGGUGGCCUGCAGGACUUGCUUGCAGACCUCAGACCUGCUGUGGAAGAAGCCGGCUUGCCCCAGAGCCACCGGCAGCCAGACGCUGGAGCGAGCCACAGGCUGCAGACAACAGGCAGCCGCUGUGUGGCUGACGAGCUUCACCAGGGUUCGCCGGCAGACGCCGCAGCAAACCUGAGCCUGGGAACCGCCUUAGGGGAAGCGUGGCCACAGGCCGAGCUGCUGCUGGCCAGCGCUGAGUUUGCUAAACCUGCCAAUUCCUCCUUCGGGAGCUUUGAGAUCCUGGUCUCCGGCUACCUCAGUGACCUGGCUGGGGACGAUCUGUUUUCCGACAUCGACACUACGGGCUUCGAGAGCUUCGGGGCAGAAGCGCCCAGCAGCCGGCAGCCCUCCCAGGCCAGCGGUGACCCGGCAGUGCCCUGCAACACGGCAGGGAGAGAGUGGCAUUACCUCGAGCACCUGAUGGAGAUAGUCAUGGGCUCCUAAUGCCACGCUUCUCCUGCCCGUCCUCCGCGUCCAGACACAGGCCGCUUGGGUUCCCUGCCGAAGCCGCGC